AUGUCUGUCUCACCAGAAAUGUUGGGUACGUGCGUUCGUCUCGGUAUCACCGCGGUCACCAAGGAGCUGCAGCAGGCGGGCGAAAAGACUGUGGCGGGGGGCGGGAGGCUGCUCCUAGAGGCGGGGCGCGCGUGCCGGCGAAGGUUGGGCCCCCUGCGGCGGGCGCACAGCACUCUGGACACCCGGAACCUCCAGGCGGCCUGCCUCCCUAUCUGCCCGCUGACUCGCCGGUCGGGUGAGGGUUCCUGCGUGCCCAAAGGUCCUGGGAAGCCGUGCUGUGGAGUCUGGGUGCCCUCGGACCCUUGUCUGUGGCUCCCGGCUUCGAGAAGGGGAGCCUUCCUGAUCCCCUACUUCCUCAUGCUCAUCUUCUGCGGGAUCCCCCUCUUCUUGGUGGAACUCUCCUUCAGCCAGUUUGCAAGUCAGGGCUGCCUGGGGGUCUGGAGGAUCAGUCCCAUGUUCAAAGGUGUGCGCUACGGCAGGAUGGUGGUGUCCACAUACAUGGGAAUGUACUACUGCGUGGUUGUCUGCAUCGCCUCCUGCUGCAGUAGCUGUUGGAACCCGCCCGACCGCGUGAGCGCGCUGGAUGACCCCAACCUCACUGAGAGUCUGCAGCCCCCUGCCCAGCUCGGCAAUGUCUCUCAGGCGCUCAACCUGAGCCUCCAGAGGGCAAGCCCCAGCGAGGAGUACUGGAGGCUCUACGUGCUGAAGCUGUCGGAUGGCAUUGGAAACUUCGGGGAGGUGCAGGUGCACCUCCUCAGCUGCCUGCUUGUCUCCUGGGUGGUCGUCUUCCUCUGCCUCACGCCAGGGGUCAGGUCUUCAGGGAGAGUGAUGGCGUACUUUACGGCCACAUUCCGCCACGUGGUGCUGACCAUCCUGUUUGUCUGUGGCGUGACCCUGGAAGGAGCCUCCAAGGGCAUCAAGUACUGCCUGACCCCACAGUGGGACAAGAUCCUGGAGGCCAAGGUGGGCUGUGGAGACAGUGUCAUCAUCAGCGUCACUAACUGUGCCACCAGCGUCUAUGCCGGCUUCAUCAUCUUCUCCAUCCUGGGCUUCAUGGCUAAUCACCUGGGUGAGGAUGUGUCCCAUGUGGCAGACCAGGGCCCGGGCCUGACACUCAUGGCAUACCCAGAGGCCCUCACACUGCUGCCCGUUGCCCCACCUCUGGUCCUUGCUCUUCUUCUUCACGCUCAUCUUGAUGGGGCUGGGCACUCAGGGCACCAGAUCUACUUCGAGAACAUCCAGAUGAUGCUGGGGUCCCCACCGCCCCGCUUCUUCCAGAUCUUCUGGCACUUCAUCUCACCAACUAUCAUCUUUUUUAUUCUCAUCUUCCUGGUGGUCCAGUACCAGCCGAUCACCUACAACCAAUACAGAUAUCCAAGCGAGGCUGAGGCCAUUGGCUUCCUUAUGGCUCUGUCCUCUGUUAUCUACACUCCAUUCUACGCCCUGUUCCACUUGUGCAGAACAGAUGGGGACACCCUCCUCCAGAAUCCUCCUCACUUCGGGCCGCUCCGGGAGCGGAACGUGCUCUUCCACCAGUUCCUACAACGACUGCGAGUCCCCAGGCAUGGCCCGCCCGCGCCGCUGCGCCCCCAGAGAUUCUCUGCUGACAGAGAAACAAACCAACAAGACAAAUACAACUGGACCACGGUCCUGGAAGAAGCCAUCAGAGAUGCCCACAAGUGUGAUGAGGAGAUUCAGCUCUACAACGAGCAGAUCGACACCCUGCGGAAGGAGAUUGAAGAGGCGGAGAGGAGCCUGGAGAGGUUCGAGGGGCAUGGGGCUCGGAGCAGCAGCCGGCUGGUGAGAAGCCCUCCCAGGAAGCUGGCCUACGAGAAGAUGGAGGUGAUGGAAUCCAUAGAGAAGUUUUCCACUGAGAGCAUCCAGACGUACGAAGAGACUGCUGUCACUGUGGAGACCACGAUUGAAAAGACGAAGGCAAACAAGAGGAAACUGGGAGAGAAGGGAUCCUCCAGUGCCUGA